AUGUCUGCUGUCAACCGCAGCCUGCGAACUGCCUCGAGAUCACUGCGCCUGCAACCGACCACCAAGCUCCAGUCGACCGCUCCCCUAGCUCUCUCGUCGUCCUCCAAGCUCCGAGCCACCACCGCCGCCCCUCGACUGUCGGCCGCGGGCACACGCCUCAGUUCCAGCGCCUUCUCCACCAUAGCUUCUCGCCAGUCCGCCGCGCCCGCCAUGCCGACCGAGGGCAGGGAGUACGAUCCCGAGAUCAAGGACAUUGCCAGCUACGUCCACAACACCCCGAUUGACUCCGAAUUGGCUUUUGACACGGCGCGAUGGGUCUUCCUCGACACAUUGGGCUGCGGUCUUGAGGGCCUGCGCUUCAAGGAGUGCACGAAGCUGCUGGGGCCCAUUGUGCCCGGCACCGUCGUGCCCAAUGGCCCCAAGGUCCCCGGUACCGACUUCCAGCUGGACCCCGUCAACGCCGCCUUCAACAUCGGUGCCAUGAUCCGCUGGCUCGACUACAACGACUGCUGGCUGGCCGCCGAAUGGGGACACCCUUCGGACAACCUCGGCGCCAUCCUCGCCGUCGCUGAUUGGAUCACGAGAACCAACAAGGCCGGCGGCAACAUUGCCGGGGGCAAGCAGUUCACCAUCCGCGACGUCCUGGAGGCCAUGAUCAAGGCACACGAGAUCCAGGGCUGCUUGGCUCUGCUCAACUCGUACAACAAGGUCGGCCUCGACCACGUUGUCCUCGUCAAGGUUGCCAGCACGGCUGUCAUCUCCAAGAUGCUCGGCUUGACCGAGAGGCAGACCGCCGACGCUGUCACCCAGGCCUGGGUUGACGGCCAGAGCUUGCGAACCUACCGCCACUCGCCCAACACCAUGUCCCGAAAGUCCUGGGCUGCCGGUGACGCUUGCCAGCGUGCCGUCAACCUGGCCCUCAAGGUUCUGAAGGGAGAGCCUGGCAUCCCUACCGUCCUGUCCGCCCCCGUCUGGGGCUUCUACGAUGUCCUGUUCAAGGGCAACAAGUUUGAGUUCCAGCGCCCCUACGGCAGCUACGUCAUGGAGAACGUCCUGUUCAAGGUGUCCUACCCUGCUGAGUUCCACUCGCAAACGGCUGUCGAGGCAUCGCAGAAGAUCCACAACAUCCUCAAGGAGCAGGGCAAGUCGGCUGCUGACAUCAAGGCUGUCACCUGCCGAACCCACGAGGCUUGCAUCCGCAUCAUUGACAAGCAGUUCAAACCCAUGGACAACUUUGCCGAUCGUGACCACUGCAUCCAGUACAUGUGCUCCGUGAUGCUUGUCUUUGGCCGUCUCGAGGCCACAGACUACACCGAUGGCGGCGAGGCAGCCACCUCUGAGCUGGUCGAGUCUCUUCGCAAGAAGAUCAAGUGCGUCGAGGACCCCCAGUUCACUCAGGACUACCACGACCCGUCGCUCCGAACCAUCUCCAACGCCCUGACUGUCGAGCUCAACGACGGUACCGUCCUGGAGGAGGUCGUCGUCGAGGCUCCUCUGGGCCACAGGCUGCGAAGAGAAGAGGCCAAGCCCCACAUUCUGGCCAAGUACCAGAGACACCUCGGACCUCACUUCCCCGAGGCCAAGGUUAAGGAGCUCGUUGAGCUCGGCAUGGAUGGCAAGAAGCUCGAGUCUACGCCGGUCGACGAGUACGUUGACCUGUAUGUUGUCAAGGACAGCAAGUUUGUCUAG